CCCCUCAUCUGAUAGUACAUUGAAUGCAAUGGCAUCUACAGCUAAAGUUACUGCUGAAAUUGAACUCGAGAAACUCAUCCUUGGUAUGGAUAAUAAACUUGAUAAGAUAAUGCUUAAAUUGAAUAUAAGACAAGAUGAUAUCCAUUUACAAAGAAUCGAUGAAAAUAAACUGACAAAACCCACAGCGGGAGAUACUUGUAGAGGUUCUGUUGUUAGAAAAUUCUAG